UUAUUUCUUUUAUAGUUGCCGUUAUUGGAGACAACCAAAUCGUCUUCCAAAGUUAAUUUGAAUCAUCACCAGAGCAAAACAGUAACCACACCGAUGUCUCCCUUGGUGGAUGCCUUUCCGGCCAUCAAUAACAAUUCCACGCGGAGCUCGCACGAACUGAGCAAUAACAAUAAGGAGGAAAAUGGUUUUCCUAUGACGCCUUCAGAUGCACUACGUGUUUAUGGAAAUCGACUGUCUGACUACGAAAAGACUGAGAUAGAAAAAUAUUCAAAAAUCUGGUACCUGGGACUAACUGCAUGUAAGAUACAUGGAGAACAUGGAGGUAGCCAAAAUGGAGGAUUUGACGAUGAUAGUGGAAGUUAUAAUAAAGUUUUGCACGAUCACAUCGGCUUCCGUUAUGAAAUUCUCGAAGUCAUUGGUAAAGGCAGCUUCGGGCAAGUCAUAAGGGCGCUGGAUCACAUGACUAACAAGCACGUCGCUAUUAAAAUAAUACGGAACAAGAAGAGAUUCCACCAUCAAGCAUUGGUAGAGGUCAGGAUACUGGAUCAUCUUAGAAAAAAGGACAAAGAAUGUAACCACAACGUUAUCCACAUGUUGGAGUAUUUUUAUUUUAGGAACCACUUGUGUAUCAGCUUCGAAUUGCUCAGCCUUAAUCUAUACGAACUAAUAAAAAAGAACAACUACCAGGGAUUUAGUCUGAAUUUAAUCAGGAGGUUCGCCAACUCACUCCUUAAAUGCCUCAGGUUGCUACAGAAGGAGAAUAUCAUUCAUUGCGAUCUCAAACCGGAAAACGUUUUGUUGAAACAACGAGGCAGCAGUUCGAUCAAAGUUAUAGACUUCGGAAGUUCCUGUUAUUCCAACCAGAGGGUGUACACUUACAUUCAGUCGAGGUUCUAUAGAUCUCCGGAAGUUAUACUGGGACUAACUUACGGUACUGCCAUUGAUAUGUGGAGUUUGGGCUGUAUUUUGGCAGAGCUGUACACAGGUUAUCCUCUAUUUCCUGGAGAAAAUGAAGUGGAACAGCUCGCUUGCCUAAUGGAAGUUUUGGGACCACCUCCCGAUGAACUCAUUAAUAUAGCAACCAGAAGAAGACUAUUUUUUGAUUCACGUGGAAACCCCCGUUGUAUAACCAACUCCAAAGGGAGGAAACGGAAACCGGGCUCGAAAAACUUGGCAAUGGUUUUGCGGUGUAACGAUCCUAUGUUCAUCGAUUUCAUAUCUAAGUGUCUAGAUUGGAAUCCAAAAAAGCGCUUGGCUCCUGACGAAGCAUUGCGCCAUCCAUGGAUUACCGCAGGUUCGCAUUCAUCAAAGUCCGGGGAACUUCGACACAGUCAUUCGGAAAUAAACGUAUCCCACGACAGCCAUUCAUCGAGCAGCACUUCCGGUAGCAGUCACUCGAGGGGCCACUACAAAAGCAUUGUACAAAAAGGUGAUAAAGUCAAGGCCAAAAUAGUAGAGACUAGAUUGCACGACAGUAUCACCAAGUUAGACUCAAACCUAAACGACUCUGGAACCUUUCUUCCGCCUAUACUUUAG